GGAGUUCAAUUACAGCUGAUCUCUGGGCUUCAAAGAUCAGUUCACCUGGAGAAAAUGGCAGCUUUAGAGGGUGGACUGUAUGGUAUACUGUAGAGCCAAGGAGAAACUUAAGUCCAUUCCCAGGGAGUGGGAUCAUUCCCAAAUCUUCAGGAAUUUCCCAAGCCUAGGUUCAGAGCAGUGAUUUGCCAGAAUAGCCACUCGCUCGGGAAAACAGGGAUACUUUGUGGGGGGCUUGCUGGUGCCACCCUGGGUAAUCCUGGAUGCGAUGGAGUUCCACGCUCUCACCUUGUCCUUCAUCUUUGCACUGAAGCUACCGUCGGCCGCCUAUGGGAACAAGCUGUUACCACAUAUGCCAAACGUCUGUGCCGAGCAAGAACUCGCCAUGGUGGGCCGGUGGCAGCCACGUGUCCAAGCCUUUUCCCGAUUGGUCAAAGUAUGGAAGCCGGGAUGUGGAGGGCAGCCCUGGUGCAUGGGCUAUGAGCGGAGGACAGUGUAUUACAUGGAAAACAAGCAAAUAUACAGUAUGCAGUACCAGACGGUGUACAAAUGUUGUUCAGGAUGGUCUCAACUUGGAGGAGAGUCAGGCUGCCGUUACCCUGUCUGCAAUUUUGGUGUAUGUUUCAAUGGUGGGAAUUGCGUGGAAGGAGCCCUGCACAUCUGCCACUGCCCGGCUGGUUUCCAAGGUCCCUGUUGCCAGUAUGGUCUCAUAUUCUACAAUGUUUGGGGGAAAAAGAAACCAUUCUAGCAAUCCCCAUUAAAGGAAAACAGAAGGAUGGAUCUGUCUCCAGCAUAGGCCUUGAGUAUUUCAUCCAUAUUUGGAGGCAGGUGGGAACUAGGCUGCCUUUUGUCAGAUUUAAUUGAUUUAGAACUGCUGGGAAUUGUGCAAUUAGCUCUUGACAGUGGAGAUUCUCUCUGGAAAGACCUUUGGAGAACUCCUGGUGUGCUCUACUUCAGAGACCUUCCUGUCACUUGGUGCCUGCUCUUCAGAAGCAGACUACUGUAUCUGUAGGAAUGUUUGCCUCAUACUGAGGUGAUUAUGUGACCUUUAAAAAUGUUCCUUAAUGUAGUCACUUGGAAGGAAAUAACACUUCCAAUGAGACAUAUGCUGUUGAGCUGAGCUACGCGAUCGACAGAAUUGUGUGCUCUCAGUGAACUAUGUCACUUCAGGUGGCAGCUGUUAGAUUAUGUGUGCAAAUGCUUUGUGAUGUGUUGGUGGGGAGGAAUACCCACACCUGUGGAAAGUCACCGUGCCUGAAUGAAGGUGUCUAAUUCAGUC